AAGAUAAGUAGUGACUGUAACAUCUUGCUACACUGAUGGACAGUGACUGCAAUGGGGCAUGGGGAGUGCUCAAUAAUAUGAGUGAAUGUAGUAACCACAGUGUUUUUCAUGUGAAACCUUCAUAAGAGUGUAUAUCAAUGAUACCUUAAUAAAAAAAAUAAAAGGAAGGAAAUUCCGAUAUGUACUAUAACAUGGAAGAACCUUGAACACAUUAUGCUAAAUGAAACAGCCAGUCACAGGAGGACAAAUAUUGUAUAAAGCCAAUGCCACUUACAUGAGGUACCUACAGUAGGCCAAUUUAUAGAGACAGAACCAGGGUCUGAGAAGAGGGGAUCAUGGGGAGUUGUUAUUUACAGAAUUUCAUUUUGGGAUGAUGAAAAAGAUCUAGAGAUGAAUAGUGGUGAGGACUGCACAACAAUGCAAAUGAACUGAAUUCUACUACGCAUGUAUGUGCAUCUUACUGCAAUUUUUAAAAGACUGCUCUAAAGAUUAUAAUGAAUUUAUACAACAUGUAAUGCCACUAGCAUGCAGUAGAGGGCAAAGGAGCUUAAACUUCACAGAAAAACUUGAUUCAAUCUCUCCUGUGGCCAAUAUCAAGGAACCACCCACACCUGCAGAGACGUUGCAAGCCCGGGGGGUAAGAACUGUUAGCUGUGUUUGUUCUAAAACUCAUGAAAAAGAAAUAAGCGUGUGUGGGUCUUUUUUAAGGAAGAAAUCAUUUGAACUCAUGUACUUGGGAAGAUAGUAGCCUUUUUUGGAUUUUUAGUAUUUAUGAUUUUGCCUAUAUUAAUCUAAAGAUUCAUUAGUCAAUGACCUUGGGGCUACUGAUCUGAGUAAUUGUUUUAUGGGAGCUUGAGGGUUUGUGAUUCCUUUCACUGGUUGUUGAUUAAACCUGGUCAGUCGCUCUACCCAGGAUAGAUCCUCUCAACAGCCCAAUAAAAUAGUGGCUGUUUUUAAAUCCCUACUUUACAAAUGGAGGAACUCUAACCCGGAGGUUAAGUUAACUUGCCGUGGUGACCCAGUGAGUAAGUGCUAGAGCAUGGAUUUGAACCCCAGUCUAGCUCGUUCCUUCCAGAACCCAAACCGAAGGCAUUUCAAACCUUGAAAUGGAAUAGUUCAGGAUGUGAUCACCGAGGUUGAUCUCGCUGUCAGAGCCAGCUGCCCUGGUGGCCUCUUCCUCCCUCCCCACCCCAUGUGAGAAGGCAUUGUGGAUUUUGAACUCAUCUUCAUCAUUCAUAUACAGAAACCAGUGGUAAAAUCCUUGAAAUUACAAUGAGACAUAUCAGAAGCAUUCACAUAUUUUAUAGUAUUAUUAUGUCAGUGCAUGGAUGGGCCUCAAAACUGCCAGAAGAAAGGGAACUGACCACCAACUGCUCCAACUUGUCUCUACAACAGGUUCCCACAGACUUGAUCCCAACCACAACCACGCUGGAUUUAUCCUACAACCUCCUUUUUCAACUCCAGAGUUCAGAUUUUCGUGCUGUCUCUAAACUGAAAGUUUUGAUUCUGUGCCAUAACAGAAUCCAAGAGCUGGAUAUCAAGAUCUUUGAAUUCAACAAGGACUUAAGAUAUUUAGAUUUGUCUCACAACAGACUAAGGAUUGUAACUUGGUAUUCACUGGUAGGUCUCAGACAUUUAGAUCUUUCUUUCAAUGACUUUGAUACUUUGCCUAUCUGUGAGGAGACUGGUAACAUGUCAUACCUGGAAAUCCUAGGCCUGAGCGGGGCAAGAAUACAAAAAUCAGAUUUCCAGAAAAUUUCUCAUUUGCAUCUAAAUACUUUCUUCUUAGGAUUGAGAACUCUUUCCCAUUAUGAAGAAGGUAGUCUGCCCAUCUUAAACACGACAAAGCUUCACAUUGUUUUACCAAUGAACACAAAUUUCUGGGUUCUUUUGUGUGAUGGAAUCAAGACUUCAAAAAUAUUAGAAAUGACAAAUAUAGAUGGCAAAAGCCAAUUUGCAAGUUAUGAAACUCAACAAAACCUUACUUUAGCGAAUUCUAAGACAUCUAUGCUGUUACUUAAUAAAGUUGAUGUACUCUGGGAUGACCUUCUCCUCAUCUUCCAAUUUGUUUGGCAUACAUCAGUAGAAUACUUCCAAAUCCAACAUGUGACUUUUGGAGGUAAGGUUUAUCUUGACCACAAGUCAUUUGAUUACUCAAAUACUGUGAUGAGAACUAUAAAAUUGGAGCAUGUACAUUUUCGAAUUUUUUAUAUUCCACAAGAGAGAGUUUACUUGCUUUUUACCGAAAUGGAUAUAGAAAACCUGACAAUAUCAGAUGCACAAAUGCCACACAUGCUGUUCCCUAUUUAUCCUACAAGAUUCCAGUAUUUAAAUUUUGCUAAUAAUAUCUUAACAGAUGACCUGUUUAAAAACCCUAUCCAAUUGCCUCAUUUGGAAACUCUCAUUCUGAAAGGCAAUAAAUUGGAGACAUUUUCCUUAGUGAGUUGCUUUGCUAACAACACAUCCUUAAAACACUUAGAUCUGAGCCAAAAUCUGCUACAACACGAAUAUGAUGAAAAUUGCUUUUGGCCAGAAACGUUGAUCUCUAUGAACCUAUCAUCCAAUAAAUUUGCUGAUUCUGUUUUCAGGUGCUUGCCCAGAAGUAUUCAAAUACUUGACCUGAAUAAUAACAAAAUUCAAACUGUCCCAAAAGAGAUAAUUCAUCUGAAGUCCUUGCAAGAGCUAAAUCUUGCUUCUAAUUUUCUAACUGAUCUUCCUGGAUGCAGUAAUUUCAGAGGACUCUCAAUUCUGAACAUUGAAAUGAACUUAAUUGUUAGCCCAUCUCUGGAUUUUUUUCAGAGUUGCCAGAAAAUUAAGACUCUAAAUGCAGGAAGAAAUCCAUUCCGGUGUACUUGUGAAUUAAGAGAUUUCAUUCAGCUUGAAAAAUAUUCACAGGGCAUGAUGGUUGGAUGGUCAGAUUCAUACAUCUGUGAAUACCCUUUGAAUCUAAAGGGGACCCGGUUAAAGGAUGUUCAUCUUCCUGAAUUAUCCUGCAACACAGCUCUGUUGAUUAUCACCAUUGUGGUUAUCAUGCUAGUUCUAGGAAUAACUGUGGCCUUCUGUUGCCAUCACUUUGAUCUGCUCAGGUAUCUCAGGAUGCUAGGUCAAUGGAUGUGGAUGUGGCACAGGGUUAGGAAAACAACCCAAAGACAACUCAAGAGAAAUGUCCAACUCCAAGUGUUUAUUUCAUAUAGUGAACACGAUUCUGCCUGGGUGAAGCAUGAAUUGAUCCCCAAUCUAGAGAAAGAAGAUAGUUUUGUCUUGAUUUCCCUUCAUGAGGAAAACUUUGACCCUGGCAAGAAUGUUACUGAAAAUAUCAUAAAGUACAUUGAGAAAAGCCAGAAGUCCAUUUUUGUUUUGUCUCCCAACUUUGUCCAGAGUGAGUGGUGCCAUUAUGAACUUUACUUUGCCCAUCACAAUCUCCUCCAUGAAAGUUCUGAUCACAUAAUUCUCAUCUUAUUGGAACCUAUUCCACUCUACUGCAUUCCUUCCAGGUAUCCUAUGCUGAAAGCUCUCAUGGAAAAGAAAGCUUACUUGGAAUGGCCCAAGAAUAGGCAUAAAUGUGAACUUUUUUGGGAAAAUCUGCAAGCUGCUAUUAAAGUUAAUUCAUUAGAAACCAGAGAGAUAUGUGAACUACAAACAUUUACAGAGCUGAAUGAAGAACCCCAAGGUUCUACAAUCUCUCUGGUAAGAACAGACUGCCUAUAAAACCUUCCCACAACCUAGGGAAAUUGGGGCCUAUAUUCACAGUUGGUAUAUAAGUUGAUAUAACCUUUCUGAUGGUAAUUUGGCAAUAUCUAUUAAAAUGAAACAUGAUCAUUCAUUCAUGUCAGUUCUUCGAAGGAUUUCUAAGAAUGUGUUUUACAGAAACACAUUUGCAAAGGUUUAUUGUAAAAAGGUUUUCAUCCAGCAUUGUUUAUAAUCAUGAAAAACUGAAAACAGCUCAAAUGUUAUAAAAUAAGGAUUAACUCAAUAAAUUAUAUUAAUGCAAUAAAAUAUUACACAGUCAUUAAAAAUAAUGAGGUAACCCUAUAUUUACUGGUAUGGAGAAAAUUAUAGUAAGUUGGAUUAUACAUUGAAGUAAAAUUGUAAAGGAAUGUAUACCAGUACAUUGAUGGAGUAACAGUGGUUUGGGUCUGGGAGGUUGGAUUGUAGGAAGUAUUUGGUUUCUAUAUUAUGAAUUUCUGUAAUGUUGGAGUUGCUUAGAUUGAAUCUGUAUUUCUUUUGUAAGUAGGAAAAAUAAUAAAGAGAAUUUUAAAA